CCACGCUGUUCUUCACUUUCUAAAACCCUCCCUCACUCAUACUUUUCCUAAAAUUCUUUACCUCCCUCCAAUCAAACAAACCCCUCUUCUCUACUACUACUACUACUACCACUAGGCCCCCUCUCUCUCCGAAUCCCUUUCACUUCUCACGCGGUCCUCAAAUCCCCCCCUCUCUCUCUCUCUCCCUCAUCUCCUCCCUUUCAAUCCAUGGCUUCUCCCCCUCGAUCACCGCCCUACCAAGACGCAAUCGGUCCCUCUCCCCCUCCCUGCCCCUCCAGAGAAGCCAGCCGAUACCCGCCUCGACGUGCCUACUAAGCUUGACAACUGCGUCACCGCCGGAGACGCCAGCGUUACCAGGGCGGCGGUGCCAACCGGUGGUGCGUCACGCACCGUGUCGGGGAUUAUUCGAAGAGAUCGGUUAGCGUUGGCGAUGCGGAGGACGGCAGUAGCGCUGAGGGCGGUGGCGAGCGCUUUGAGCUUGAUCGCUUUCUCGCUGAUGGCAUCGGAUAAGACUCAAGGUUGGGCCGGCGACUCAUUUGAUCGCUAUGUUGAAUUCAAGUACUUGGUUUCGGUGAAUGUGAUCGUGUUUGUGUACUCGGGAAUCCAGUUGUGCUUGCAUCUCCACCUUGUGAUUAAAAAGAAGAGCAUUAUCCACCCUCCGAUCAACCUCUACUUUGAUCUCGCCCUGGAUCAGGCACUGGCUUACCUUCUGAUGUCGGCGUCGUCGUCGGCGGCGACGAGGAACAACGAUUGGGUGACGAGCUUCGGUAACGAUCCUUUCACGAAGCGUGCGAGCAGCUCCAUCGCCAUGUCUUUUCUCGCCUUCUUUCCCCUCGCCUUCAGCUCUCUCAUCUCCGCUCACUACCUCUUCACCUGGUACCCUUGAAUCCCUAAUCUUCAUCCUUUUUUUAUUUGUUUUCCCCUUUUUUUCUCUUUUUUGUGUGCCAUAUAUAUACGUAAAUACAGGAAAAACGAAAAUCUAGUUCGAGUUUUCAAUGGUGGGAGGUGUAUUUUGGGAAUAAGAUUUGUAUAGAUAUGAUGAUGAUGAUGAUGAUGAUGAUGGGGGUAUUUUGGGAAUAAAUGAAAAAGGUUGGAAGGGUUUGGUGGUUUAGUUUGGAUA